UUAUCUGCCGAUUUAAAAUGGCGAAUAGUCAAUGCUGUUAUACUAUCUAACCUUGACUACAGUUUCAGCAACAUCAACAGAUUUAAUCCUAUAUCACCACAUUACAAUAAUUUGGGUGAAAUUUGAUUGUAAAGAUGAAUUGCAAUACAGUACGAUGUAUAAACUGAUUAAAUAUAAAAAAAAUCAUCAUACAUAUACAUACAUAACAAUUUAAUACGAACGCUUAAAAUUCGAAUACCAAGAUCCAUCUUUCGUCGCACGUUAAUAACCGAUUAAGAAAUGGAUCAUUUACGUAGCAUGGAAUGUUUGCUGAACACAUGGUAAGUCGACUUAAUUUCUGACGGAGAUGCAAACGAAUAGUUUCAGGACUCAGUCUGAACAUUUCUGCAAGUUCUUGGCGCGUUGUCCUGAAAUUUGCGUCCACAACCUGUCGAAGAUCCUCGUUAUUCAUGAUUCUUGGUCUCCCUGAGCGCG